GCGUGAGGGGGCGACGCUUCGGGCCUGGCUGAGCGCGGCUGAGGGGCCGCGGGUCGCGUUGGGCUGAGGAUCCACACGUUAAAAUCGUGGUUUAUUUGUGAUUAUUUUCCCUUUGAACUUCACUUUCGAUCAUCGCCGGAGCUGGGCUCGGACUGAAGCUGGUGCACUUUGCCCUUCAAACCCUCGGCUCCUUGGGGCUCCCAUGUUCUGCGUCCCGAUUAUGUCAGAGGUAGCUCGUCUUCUCUUGCUCCCCAUCUGCUGAGAUCAAGCAGGGCUCACUAUCUGUCCUCGUGGUCUGAAGUGCUGGAGCACAAUGUUCCUGGUUGGGCUCUCGGGUGGAAUCGCAUCGGGGAAGAGCACGGUGGUGGCCGUACUCCGGGAACUGGGCUGUGCCGUGAUUGAUGCUGAUGUUAUUGCCAGAGAGGUGGUGCAGCCCCGCCUGAAGGCCUAUCAGCAGAUCGUGCAUUACUUCGGCCCCGAGAUCCUCCUGGAGAGUGGGGAGAUCAAUCGCGAGGCGCUGGGAAACAUCAUCUUCUCCCACCCGGAGAAACGGCGGCUGCUGAACUCCAUCACCCACCCCGAGAUCCAGAAGGAGAUGCUGAAGCAAGUCUUGAAGUACUUUGUGCUAGGCUACCGCUACGUGAUCCUCGACAUCCCCCUGCUCUUCGAGACCAAGAGAUUGACCAAGUUCAUGAAGCACACCGUCCUGGUUUACUGCGACCCUCAGACCCAGCUGGCACGGCUGAUGAAGAGGAACGGGCUGUCCCAGGCUGAGGCUGAAGCACGCAUCGCCUCGCAGCUGCCUCUGGAUGAGAAGCGCAGGAUGGCUGCUCAUAUCAUCGACAACUCCGGCGACCGCGAGAGCACACGCCAGCAGGUGCUGAGGCUGCACGCGAGGCUGGAGGGCUCCCUGGACUUCCUCUGGGCACGCCUGGUGGUGGGAACAGCCGUGGCUGCACUUGGAGGGUUGCUGUACAUCCUCCUCCAGCAUUUCAUCUCUUAAUUCACCUUUUUAGGGUGUUUUUUUUUUUUCUCCUCUCGGUUGUUUUCCAAAGGCCUGGAUUUCCAGGUUUGAAAAGGGCACUGAAAGGCCAUCUGUUUUAAUGAGCUUUGCCAGCUGAAUGCAGACAGUGGGGUGAGGUUUCUCCUACUGACUUCCCAAGGUGAAUGUGAGUUUUCUGGCCCCGUCUCCCAUCUGUGUUCUUUAACUUUCUGCUCAGGGUCUGGUGCCCAUCUGUGGGGUGGGAAAGGUCCCACGGAGGGGAUGAGGUCCUUCUUAGCCCCAUGGAGAUCUGAAUGGUGGCACUCCAACCUGUGGUGAAUUUAGGCACUUCAGUCUCUUCCAUGGCAAUCUCUUUAUGAGGGGAAUAGUUGGGCUCUCAGGUCUGGUUCCUGCUGCUGGGUGUCCCCAGGUUGACCCCCUGGGAUUGGAUAUGGGAUUUCCCCUUCUUUCACCUUAAACCUGUGGUUGGGAACAAGCAGCACGUCAUUCCCAAGGGCUGGAUGUACAGCUGGCUGCUCACAGCCCCUCUACCCUGUGUUUCUGCUGCCUAAACAACCCCGUGAGCAUUAACUUCCAAAGGGGGAUGAUGCACCCCCAGGGGGGCUGAGACCUGGGGGCUGCCCCAUGGAAAGGGGAAAGCAUGAGCCUGGGCGAGGCGGGUGCUGGCUCUUGGCGUUUGUUUUAAUAAAGCACUGCCCAGCAGACAGUUCCCCAUG